GAGAAUGCAACGCCCACGCAACUACUCCAUACACGUAACUACGUAAACAGGAAGAGUCGUUGCAGCGACGCGUCGCCAUGAAAGUGUUGUUCAAAAUGAUCCCGCGCACAAUACAAAGUGUACUCUUUUGUAACUUGUUUUAGAACCGUGGUCAUUUUACGAUUCUCUGAUGGAAAGAUGCAAUGAGGAUGAGAAGCUGAAUGCCCCGUCCGAUUUUGUGGCAUCACGUGUCUCAAAGGGUAGUCAGAGGACCCUGAUGCCCCCAUCCCAUUUCACCGCAAGCACCCAGUCUGCCUCCAUCAUAGUACCAGGGACUGUUACGGGACGAGGGACAACACCAAUAAAAUGGGUCACCCAUGCCGCAACACCCCCAUCGGACUCUGGCCCUGCCAACCCAUGGCUCACCAUGGCUCAGGCCAAACAGGAAAUUCUAGAACUACACAGAGAAAACCAGAGGAUUCUGAUGUUACAGAGAGACUGCUCCAGAGGAACGGAGUCAACAGAGGAUUCUGCCCACUCCAUAGCAAGGUCUGGAGCGAGAGGUGAGCAGGCCUCCAGGUGGGAGACAGAAUGGAGACUGGACACAGAGCGUUUCAGGGCAGAGUCAGAGAGGCUGAAAGGCCAGGUAGAAGCACUGAAGGAAGUUGGAGGGAGACAGAGAGAGGAGAUGAGGGACAAAGAAACUUAUCUGAACAGGCAGAGUCAUGAAAUGGAGGCGAUGCGGGAGGAGUUAUAUAAGACUAAGACUGAGCUCAGCCAAGUCAGUGUGGAGCUGGUCCAAAAGAGAGAGGACAAAGAGAGACUCAGCACCCAGCUGGAGAUGCUGGAGAGGAAGUCUGGGGAGGAGGCUGAGAGGCUGAGGAGGGAGGUGGAGAGGAGCAGACAGGAAACCCACAAGCUGACCAGGGAGGCUGAUACAGCCAGGCUGCAGGCUGGGGAAGAGGCCAAGCAGGAGUUGCAGAAACUAAAUAAGCAACUGGAGGAAUCCCACAGGAGACAUGAAACACAGUUGCAGCGGUUGACUGCCAACCAUGACACUGAAUUGUCCACAGUCAGACAGACGAGCUCUGAGGUGCAGGAGAGGUUAUGUCAUCUGUCAAAGGAGGUGACUCAUCUGAAGUGCUGUCUACUGGAAGUGUCUGCAGAGAGAGAUGGACUGAAAGAACAACUAAGCCAAAUGGGCAAUGCUUUUGAGACCCAGUCAGCAACGCUGCAGAGUCUUAGAAACUACAUUGGACAACUUACCCCUGAGAGAGGGUUGGAAGAGAAACUAACUGAAACCAUUCAGACACUGAAUAGGGAGAAGGAGGCUCUGCAGGUGACGACAGAGCUUCUGACGGUCAGACUCAACUCUGUGAACGACAUAUUGGCCCUACAAGAGGAGGAGAUGGUAGAGAAGACUCUGUCAGACCCUCUCCUGAAAGCUGGGCCCAAAGGCACUCGGGUUCUGCGUUGCUGGAGAGAGAAGGUCUUCAUGUUGUUGGUCCAGCUUCGCUCAAAGGAUAUCGUACUGAGGGGAGAAAAGGAUAAACUUCACUCAACCAUCUCGUCUCUGGAGCAGGAGGUGAAGAAGGAGAAGUACCAGUCCAAUGUUUUCCAGCACAGCCUGCAGGACAGAACAGCUGAGCUGGAGCUGGAGAGGGUGGCUAGGGAGGCCGUGGAGCAGGACAUGACUACGACUAAGAGGGAGAACACAGAGCUGAAGAGCUGGAGUCAGGAGGCAGAGGCUGGACUGAGGACAAUGACAGAGGAUACCCAGCGAUUCAGUCAGGCAUUUGAGGCUAAGAUGUCAGAGGUGGAGACUGUCCAAACACGUCUGAACAGCUUUGGCCAGAGGCUGACCUUUGCCAAAAGAAGAGUGGACACAAUUCAAGGUCUAAUGAUGAGGAAGGAAGCCCUACGGAGAGUGCAGCAGGCCACUAAAGCAGCCAACCCGGUCUCUGAGCUUGCCGCUCUCACAGAGCUCCAGGCAGAGCUGUCCUCGGCGUGUGAGGAGAGAGACAAGCUCAGGCAGGAGCUCAAGAGAACCCCCGAGCUCAUUGAGAGUGCUCUGGCUGAUGUCCGUGAACAGUUUGACAGUGAGGUGAGGCAGCUGAGGCAGGCUGCAGAGCGAAGCAGGGGGGAAGCCCAGGAGGCCCAGGCAGCCAGAGAGGAGGCCCAGCAGAGGCUGCAGGAGGCCCACACACAGCUAGAGGAGAACAACCUCAACCUAGAGCAGCUCCAUGCACAGCUGAUCAGCCAACAGGAGGACAGUGACCGAGCUCUGCAGGAGAGAGUGUCUGAGACAGAGGAUCACUGUGCUCAGCAGCUUAGAGUGAUGGAAUCUCAACUCAACACGGCCAGAAGAGAACACACCAAAGCAGUGGUAGCCCUGCGUCAGUUUGAGAGACAGGCUAAGAGAGAGAGGGAGCAGGAGAGAGAAGCACAAUGCCUUCAGAGUGAACACACCAAGAGAGAAAUCCAGGAUCUACAGAAACUACUGCAAGAAAAGGACAAGGACAGAAAUCUACUUUUGGCGACUGUACGUGAGAGGGGUCUGAUGAGUGAGUAUAAGGCAGCCCGGACCACAGCCCUGCAGACUUCUGUGGCCUUGGAGCAGCAGCAGAGACCCUCAAGGAAGAGCAACACUCUGAGAGCCAAAGACCAGCCACAGACCAGAGACUCGCUACUGUCAGUGCUUGGGGACCUUCGGACUCUGAGUGCUGCAGUGGUCCACAGCUCAGAAGACGAUGCAGAGGAGGAGGGCUAUGGGGACAGGGGCCUCAGCGUGACAGGAAAAUCAAAUGAAUGGAUAGCUUCGUUCAAAACAGCGUGCUGCCUUCCGCUGGAGAAGACUAAAAAACAGGCUUGUUGUGACCCUGAGUGCUCUGAACUGUAGCACUGGAGACACGAGAUUGACUUCUGCUGAUGUUUCUAUAGUCUUGCUAAUGGUCGUGUUUAUGAAGACAUGGAUCACCAUCUUUGACAAAGUUGUGUAUUUGUUUGUGAUGUAAUAAAUUAUGUUGAUAUUUAAAACUUUCA